UGGCGCCGGGCGCCUCGACGGGAGAGGUGCCCCGUUUUGUUUUUUCCCGCCCGGCUUCAUUAUUGAUGGCAUCGGUACGGUAAUGCGGAAGCAUGUGUGAACGUUUCAUUACAAAAGGUGGACGUAGCUCGUGUUAAUAUUGCAGACCGACUGGCCGACCGGACCCGAGUGGACGUUUGCAAAAAAAAACAUAAUUAAAAAUAAAAUAUAAUCCGCAAUUAAAUUUGAAUUUGGAAGUCGGGUUCGGGAAUUUUUGGUUGACGCGCGGCAACUAUCGGCGUGCGGAAAGUUAGUACGAAGUUGGAGCGAAGUUUCUCACGUGCGUGUGUGGACUGGCCGGCCGAGCGGUCGCGUGACGCGUUGACGGACUUUCGUUCACAAACUUUUCGAUAUUCGAAUUUUUUUCGUCGAUUUUCUUUCCCGCGCCCAUUCGUUUUGUUACCGCAUUUUUCACCUCAUAGUGACUUUGUUGAAGUUUUGUUGAAUGUUCUUGUUGACUUUUUCUAAGUGAAGUUCGUGUUGUUGCUGAGGUUACUACACAGUAUAACAAACGAUUGGCGAGCUGACUAAGACUACAUCGAACACAUGUUUCCAUAACACAACCGCGCGAAAAUAAAUCCAAAAUGGCUGACAACCAGCACUUCUGCCUGCGAUGGAACAACUACCAGAGCAGUAUAACCAGUGCUUUUGAGAACCUGAGGGAUGAUGAGGACUUCGUGGACGUCACCCUGGCGUGCGACGGGAAGAGCCUGAAGGCGCACAGGGUGGUACUAUCCGCCUGCAGCCCAUACUUCAGAGAAUUGUUAAAAUCAACCCCAUGCAAGCACCCGGUCAUAGUGCUCCAAGACGUGGCCUUUACCGACCUACACGCUUUGGUGGAGUUCAUCUACCAUGGAGAGGUGAACGUGCACCAGCGGAGCCUGUCCUCCUUCCUGAAGACCGCCGAGGUCCUCCGCGUGUCGGGCCUGACACAGAAUGAGGACGUACAGGGGCCACUGCUACAGUCGCUACGAGCAUCGGCGACGGCCCCCUCCCCGCACACGCCCCCCCACCCCGCGCACACCCCGCACCCGGUCCACACGCCGAGCUACAACGAAAAGCUCGAGGAGGCGCUCUCCCUCCCCACCCCGCAGAUGCUCAGGCGCAUACCGCUCCCCCCGCGCCGCAUGUCCCGCUCCGCGGACAACUCCCCUGACGUCAUCAAGCGUCCACGCCACGACAACAACAACACGGAGCAGAAUCAAGUCCACGAUUUCUCCACCAAAAACUCAAUCAACAACUCGAGGCAUGAGCCUGGGAAUAAUGGGAAUGGCAUAUCGAAUAGCAGUUCGUCUCCUUCGCCGAGGCUGAUGGACGAUGUCGUCAAGAACGAACCGUUGGAUAUGAUGUGUGUCCAGAACGCUGACAUCGACAGGAGCACUGACGACACGCCGCCACAUCACCAUAGACCACUUGGAGGCGGGCCACCGUCUCGUGGCAGCUCAGCCGACGCUGACGACCGCACGCCGCCGCCGCAGCUGCCUCCGUCCCCGUUCGUCACACCAGACACGAAAUUCCCAUCAUACAACUUCAGCAUGGCGGCCCUAACUGAUCCAUCUUUGGCUGGUAAAUAUUUUUGUCUGCCGAGCCCCCUGGCGCCGGACGGCAUGGCAAGCACCUCUCAAGCUGUCCCGCCCCUCCGUAUGCCCCCGCCUACCGCCGGUGGGAUCAACGAGCCGCAAGAGUGUCCCUACUGCCGCAGGACAUUCUCUUGUUACUAUUCCUUGAAACGACACUUCCAAGAUAAGCACGAGCAGUCCGAUACUUUGUACGUCUGCGAGUUUUGUCACCGAAGGUACAGGACCAAGAACUCGCUGACGACGCACAAGAGCCUCCAGCACCGGGGCUCCAGCGGGAUGCUGAAGCGGCUUCUUAAGACGUCAGCGCUGCACAGCGCCCUCGCGCCGGCGCCCCAUCAUCUGUUCGACCUCGGCGCCAGCGACCACGGCCCGCAGCUACCCCCUGGCCUUCAAUGACCACAAACCAUGGCUUGAAUCGGUGAUAAAACUCCCUAUUCCAAAUAAACUUGGGCCCACGACCCAAGACUAUUUGCAAUAUGGCCAACUGGACGCGGAUGCGAAAGGGAUAGCAUAACAUAUGUGCAAUAUAACGGACAAUGCCAAAAUAAUGCAGGACUUUGCCGCAUUUUAAUGGUUAAUCGUAUUAUAAUUAGUAAAAUAUUGACGUUAGGUUAAAAUUACAUAAACAGUAUUGUCGCACGCGGCUGUAGACGCCGCUUAGUGUACGCUUCGAGGAUCGGACUUCGCUUUGUGACUUUGACAGUACGCAAGUUACUGGCAUUUUCUAGUGAAAAUGUUUAAACAGUGUUCAAUAUGACAAUGUAAUCCAGAGCAAUACUAAAGUAUUAAUAUUUCUAGUACUGCCAAAAUAAUGCCAACUCUAUUCUAAAGAGAUACAUUUUUUAAAUCACUUUUCGAUAAAAUGUCUAGUGUCAAAUUAGAUUCGGUAACUGUACAAAAAACGAACGUACAAAUUUUAAACAGUAAAUUUAAAAGUGGAAUAGAAAAUAUUUUUUAAAUAAACUUUUUUCGGAACGCCAAAUCUAAAUUUUAAAAUACAGAUUAUUUAGGGAAUAAAUUGAACAAAAUUAGAAUAAAGUAUGUUGAAUGUUGAGUAAAAAAAUUAAAGACUUCUUAGAAUCUGAUUUCGAAAGUACAAAAUUUUACGUCUAAUUGAACAAUAUAAAUCUAUUCUAUGUGCGUUUGGCUUCAAUAAUAAUAUUAAUAUCAUCAAUGUUUAAGUAGCCGUGCCUUCGUUCGUUGCCAUAGAUGUGGCCUCACAGAGUUGCCGAACUGGCGGAAACGGGAGUCGGGACGGCGACCGGCGACAGGGGAAAAAGUGAACUAAUAUUUGAUGACUACACAAAUAUAUGGAUCAAUUUGAGAUUUAUUAUCAAAUACCAAAUAGACCAAUAGCCUAUUUUCUCCAGAUUAUGUACCAUUAAUAACUGUCAAAUUUUGCUACUAAAUAUUACAAUAAACUAAAUAACAAAAAACUUGUGUCAAUGUCAAUUCGUCAAAAUUAGUUCAUUAUUCAAACACUAGUGUUGGGCGCUUUCGCACGAACGAACAAAAUGUCGCGGUGAAUUUGACAAGUUUGGUAGGGUUGCCAUCUUUAGGUAGCUACCUAAAUACAGGGUUACGAGUGAGUGAAUAGGACAGUCGUAGGAUAGAGCGCCGGUGAGCCAGUGGAGGUCUUCGAAAAGCAGUUCGAUGAUCGUAUACGUGUGCAUGAUUCCAAAUCAUGGAAUAAAAUUAAAAUUAAUCAUUUCUUCUGUAUAAAAUUACGUAGAAUUUAGGUAUUAAUUAAUAGAUAUAUUUAACAUGUAUCCAUUUUCGGAUUUCUCUCUAUGAGUGUAUAGUGGUUCUUAUUUAAAUGUCGACCAACGUAGCGGACGUCUCGUUAUGAAAAUUUAUUAGAAUUAUUAUUAUUAUAUUCUCAAAAAUCUUAGAAAUAACCAUGAGAUGGCUGCAGAUUGUAUAAAAUUAUUUUAUUUACUUGUAUACGUAGGGAAUCUGCUUGGAUCCGCGUUCAUUUCAAAUAUGAGUCAUACAUAUCUUGUCAGGGUUAAAAUUUUACGAGUUCAACGUAAUAUCAUACAAUUUACACAUAAAAUACAAAAAAAUGUAGUCCUACAUAUCACAGAAAGUAAAUAUCUUUACAAAUACAUAUGUAAUAGUUUAUUGAACACCGUGAUAUUUCAGAAAGCCAAAGAAAAUUACACUGGGAUAAUAUGCUGCAAUAUAAUAUCCAGUUAUACACGUACUUUUUUUCCAAAACUUCUGAAUGCAUCGCAGUGCUGUGCCAUAUCUUUAAAAAAAUAAUCGGGACAUAUCAAGUCACUGAAAGUGACCACGUUUUUGAAACUGUUUUCAUUCUAAUAAAUCAUCAAUGCAAAUUUUAUCAAUGCAUAAAGCCAAGCACAGGAAUGCAAUAUGAAACGCCGCUGGCGUCCAUUUUUCGCAUUUAUUUUUCCAAUUCUAGCAACUCUGGUUAAGGACUUAAUUUAAGUUUUCGCAUUUUAUUUACUUUCACAAAAUUUUCGUAUUUUGUGUUAAUGUAUUUUCAUUUUAAAUGUCGUUACUUGCUAUAUAAUCCAGAAAUUUUAAAAAUAAGUUUGACAUUUAAACCUCUGCUUAUUUAAGAUAUUAAUUAAAAUUCAUCGGGUAGUAUCGUUUACCAACACCGUAUAACGCUUAUACCUCCAUAUUUUCGUAAUACCUCAACUAUAUUAUUUUGUUUUUUUUAAAUUUUUAUCGAAUGUUACUGGUAUACUGGAACGGGAUAAAGACAUAACUGGAACCAGAAUCAUUUCUAGAGGUUAGAGGAUAAAACAAGCGGGUAGAAUGAAUUGUAAAUAAUUAUAAGUUAGUUACAUCAAGCAAGAAUCGCGACAUCGUGAUAUUAUUAACUAAAUAGUAAAUAGAAUACAUAAUGGAAAGGAUUUUUAUAUAUUCUACUAAUGGAUUUAUUGAUAGUAAAACUUAGAGUAGCGUUCUUAACAUUAUUAAUGUUUUUGUGUUUAUUGUUUUCGCUGUGCAAUCGUUUGUCGGGUCGCGAGGUUGGUCCGGUCUUUUGACUUGACAGUUCGUUGAGCAUUUGAAUUUUUCCCACCAAAAAAUUAAGUUUUAAUGUUUCUUUGGUGUUCGUAAUUCUAAAUUAAAUUGAUCUCAAUGAACAGCUGCGGGCUACAUCAUAUUCGGAGACAGCCGUUGGUGAUUGUUAUUAGGUCUAUCAUUUAUGUUAAGUUUGGAAACGUGUCGGCAAAAAACGAGAUCAAAAAUCAGGAAAAAAAAUUAAAAAAAAAAAUUGCGUAGGAUAAGGUCCGGGAGUACAGACAGCGAAACAAUAAUAUAUUAUUUUGCAAUGUAUACCAAAAUAAUGCAUUUUUUAAAUAAUAAGAUGAAAGUGAGAAAUCUUUUUUUUUUUAUAAAUUAAAUACCGCGUUCUGGUUUCACCGAUAUAAUUUUUGCUUCUUCGCCAAUUUAUGAUUAAGUUGAAAAUAAUUUUAUCGUUUGAAUCGACUGUGUUACUACUUUAGGGUAAUGCGCAAUUAACAAAUAUCAACAACGGAAUGCCUUCUGACAGUACAACUAUAUCAAUAGCCUACAGUAGGUAAAUAUAAUAAGACAUAUAAUAUACUUUAAAAUGGCAUUAUGGGGUUGUACAAGAGCUUAACUAACAACUUGAUAAGAUAAAAAUAUAAAACGCAUUUAGAAUUCGAUAAUUUUUGUCACGUUCAUAACCCCCAAUUCAAUUCCAAGCCCUUACAUGUCAUUUUAUCGUAUCCAUUAUUAUCACAUUUAUUUGCAAACGUCAAUUUUUAAACAAAACCACGGUCAUUUAAUCAGAAUUAUUUUGAAUUCAAACAAAAAUAUAAACUUCGAGGGCGCUGCCAAAUAGUCCUCGAAAUCGAAAAUAAAUAAUAAAAAUAUGUAAAACCAAUUAGGAUAUACUUUAUUUCUUACUCUAACGGGUACUAACUAGAAUGUUCACAAAAUAUUCACAAAUGAUUUGUUUUAACUUCUUUUUAAGACGUAAGUAUUACCUCCAUAAUGAAUAAGUAUUUACAUACCUCCAAUCGUUCAUUUCUUAUGUGUUUAGCCUGCCGCCUGAAAGGAGACAGGCCAUGUGUUAAUUUAUACGUUAACAAACCAGGUUGCACCAACAUCUGAGCAUGUUUACCAUUGAAACAGUUAUAUUGUAAAUAUCAAUUUAUAUAGAACUUGUUACAUAGUUUUUUCCCAUACACACAUACAUUAUUUUUGUUGAGCCAUUACCAUUUAAAAUGCAAUAGUUUUUUAAUUACUGUUUUUAUUUGAAGAAAUUUAGCCGACUUCAAAAUUUUAUUUGAAUCAAUCAGCAUUUACAACAAGCGAAAUAUUGUUACUGUUAUAAAAGUUUUGGUUUUGGUUAAUACGUAAUCUUCAAAUAUAAACUGUAAUGUACCAGUACCUACAAUAGUUAAUUUAUUAAAAUAAUUAUUUGCUCGACGAGGGGAUCGACUAUCUUUUAAGAUUAAAUCGACUCUAUUACUUAAUAAUUCAAUUAAAUGUGUUUAUUACCUAUAUUAUAUAUUUAAUUACCACUUUGUGGAGUUACUUAUAUUAUAUUAUUGUCAAUUCAAUCAAUAUACAUACAGCUAUAAUGUUAAUAUUAAUAUAUUUUCCGAAUUAUAUUUGGAAAAAAACAAUACUAAUGUUCCUUUUCAUAUAGCGAAUAUAGUCGAUUUGGUCUUAAGUGAAUAGCUUUAACAUAUACUAUAUCAGUAUCUUCCUAUCUGAUAUAUAAAAUAUAGUAAUAAUUAACGUUAUAAUACAUUUUAGCCACAGAUGUCGUGGCACGCAAUACCUCAUUCAAUAGUUACGUAUACGUAUUACAUGUAUCAAUAAGCAAAAAAUAUCUCAGCAGAUCAACUCGUUAAACAGGAUAAUUGUCACUUUUAUCACGAAGUUAAUGUAGCGAUUUUAAAGUUUUAAUUGUGAUAUAUUUCAUUAAGUUUAGGUCCUUAUUUAUUUUUCGGUUACAUAGUUAAGAAUGCGUAUUAUUAUCAUAUCCAAAUAUACAUCGUAAACGUUACAUCUUUUGUAAUUUUAAUUUCCGCCUUUUCAUUUGUAUAUACGUAUAUAAAAUAUAAGCAAAUCAUGUUUAUAACAUUUUGAUUUCAUAUAUGAAAUGUCUGCUGAGCCGUCUAAGAUAUAGUUACAUAAUAAAAAUAGUUCCGUAAAUAAAAGUGCACUUACAUUUUAUAAUAAAAGAAAUAAGUAUUAGUAAGUGAUGUCGGCCCUUGUCGAGCAACCGUUGAACCCGUCUCAUAACUAUAAUAAAAAUAUUUACAAUAUAUGUACACGCUUAUGACAAACAAUAUACUGACAGUUAUAUGAAGUAGAAUUAACUUUUUAUCUACAGAUUAAGGUGUGGGACAAUUCUGUUGAAAUCCAUUAGAAAAAGUAAAAAAAAAAAAAACUUUUGUUACAGCCCGUCAUAUAUAAUCACUUUAUAAAACGUGGAAAUUGUGUAUUUUGACAGAAUUGCGCCAUAAUACUGUUAUGCUUGGGUGAUUUUAUAAACAGAAAUAUUUUUUUAUGAGAAAAACAAUUUAUAUGUGAAAGUUAAUUAGGUGGCAAUUCUGUUUGCACUGCACUAUAUUUUUGCUGACACUUAGGAUUAGAUUUUCUCUUUUUUUUUUUCGUAAUUUAAUGUAUGCACGAUCUGCGUUUUUAUUAGCAUCAUUUUCUUUUCUAAGCCUAUGUCUAGGUGACACGUACUCUCGUGAUAUCAGUCGUCAUGUCAGAAUUUGUCUUGAUGCAAAAGAGCGUAAGUGUCACUCGCGACAUUUUAGCCUAAACUAAUAUUGUGUUAUUAUGUAAAAGUUAUGGUUUGCCAUCGUUGAACAAAGAAAUAUGUGUUAUAUACCUUUAGUUAAUGAGUUUUGUUAUACUUUUAACGUUCGGGUUCCGAGUGGGAUGAUGUACAAAAAUGUUUCAUAGUAUUGUGUAUCGAUCGAAUAAGGUUAUUAGGUGUGUCAGGGCCGUAUAAGCGAGCCAUAGGGAGUUAGGGCUUCUCUUGAAAUUGUAAGUUGUAACAACUUGGAGUCGGAGGAGAAACUUAAAGUACUAUUGUUGUAGGGUUAAUGGUUUCGAAUUAUGGCGAAAAAUCGGAUGGUUUUGGCGGUCACUGGAAUUUUGGGAUAAAUAUGUAGCUAAAUUGUGGUAACUUUUAUUUUUUAUCAACGUCGUCUUGCUAGUUGAACAAAAACUAAAGUGUGGUGUAUUUUUUACACUCACAAAGAUUUUUUUUGUUUUUACUAGAGAGACUCCUUUGACGAAAAAUAUUAUUUAUCUUUCAUAAAAUAAGUUUUUGUAAAUAUAAUUAAAUUAGCUCAAAAUUAGUUGAAAGUAUGGCUAAUUUGAUAGAAAUUUAGAAAUUAAAAAUGAGGUUUACGCACUUUAUAAUACAAAUGUACUUACAAACUGUGCGUUAGUGAUAGAAAGAGACACGCGUAGAAAACAUAAUUAGAUGUAAUAACGGGACCUGGCACGAAGAACUCACUUAUCAGUUAUUCGUGUUUAAUCCUGAUAUUGUAAAUAAUUCCAUUUCAAUCGCAUGUGUUGAAAAAAACAAAGAAAAAUGCGUAUCUAUGGACCUACAACUCGUCGUCUCUGAGUUUCAGUGAUCGUAGAAACUGACUUUACUUGUUUUGAUGUUGUUGAUAUAUGUGAAUAAGGAAUCAACUCGGGUCGGUAAGUCGGUACAUAUCAAUAGUCGGAAACUUAGUACUAUAAGUAUCUUGUUAUCUGACAAAAAUUCUUCAAAGACGUACUAGUGAUGUGACGAUUUUAUAAAAUAUUCUUGUUCAAUUAGAUUCGAGAAUAUUUUAUAAAACAUUCUUAUUUCAAAUUGUCUCGAUCCGUCACUAGUAACAAGGCAAAUUAAACUAUCGUAUGUCAACUCACUAUAUUUUGCACAUACGCCAUUUUGAAUUGAUUUUAAUAAUAAUUCUUUGUAUGAAAUUUGAGGAUGGUCUGUUUACUAUUAUUUUUUGGAACUUCUAUGAAGAAGAUGUGAGCCGUUUGGGUUUCUGGUUCGGAAAUAUGCAUUCUGAAUUUCUCAUGCGAAGUAUAACAGUUGAAUGUAAUAAAAGUAUAAAAUAAACUCGCAGUGAUUCCAUUGAC